ACUGACUACGGCAGUGAGACUCUAGCGUUACCUGUCCCUCUGGCAGACGUCCAAGCAGGGACCCCCUGCUCAGUGUCUGGAUGGGGAGCCACCGAGAACAAUGCUAAAACCAUGUCUGACAUCCUGAAAUCUACCAACGUCACCGUGAUCGACAGGAGGAAGUGUAACUCUGCAGACUACUACAACAUGACCCCAAUCAUCACCUACAACAUGCUGUGUGCCGGGUCUGUGGACAUACCAGGGGACUCUGAUCAGGGAGACUCCGGGCCGUUGGUGUGUGGAGGUGAACUAAGGGGAGUCGUGUCGUUCGGUAAAGAAUGUGGCAUCAAGACCAAACCUGGGGUGUACACACUCAUAUCAAACGUACUUGAUUGGAUCAACAAAACCAUGAGGAAGUCACUGAUUGACUGA